AUGUAUUUGUCUCGUAACAUUAAAGCUGGGGCCAAAUUUUUAUCAUUACAAAGAUCAUUUGUAACUCUUGGCUAUGCUAUAAACUGGUUUGCCAGAAAUGACCUAAACCUGAGUAAAUAUAAUAGUACACAUUUGUUUUCUACCUCAGCUUCUAAUAAGAUGAACUUGAAAAAUAAGAUUGUUGUCAAGAAUCCCGUCGUCGAAAUGGACGGAGACGAGAUGACAAGAAUCAUGUGGGAUAAGGUCAAGAGCAAGUUGGUUCUCCCAUACGUUAACCUUGACCUGAAAUAUUAUGAUUUGUCGAUACAGAACAGGGAUGCAACUGAUGACAAGGUUACAUUGGACGCUGCAGCCGCCAUUCAGAAAUAUGGCGUCGGAGUAAAAUGUGCGACGAUCACACCAGAUGAAGCAAGAGUAGAAGAAUUUAACCUGAAGCGUAUGUAUAAAUCGCCAAACGGAACAAUAAGGAAUAUUUUGGACGGGACGGUUUUUAGAGUGCCAAUUCUGACGAAAACGGUCCCCUUGUUGGUACCAGGCUGGAAGAAGCCCAUAGUAAUUGGGAGACAUGCCUUUGGAGACCAGUACAACUCGCAGGAUUUCGUGGUACCGGGGCCAGGGAAACUAGAAUUAAAAUUCACUCCAUCAGAGGGUGGAGAGGCGAAAAACGUAGUUGUUCACGAUUUUAAGGGCCCUGGCGUUGCGAUUGGAAUGUUCAACCUCGACAAGUCGAUAUUGGGCUUCGCGAGGGCCUCGUUCAACUACGCGCUGAGCCAGAACAUGCCGCUCUACUUUUCGAGCAAGAACACAAUACUAAAGUCGUACGACGGACGAUUCAAGGACCUGUUCCAGAAGGUGUACGAGGAGGAGUUUAAGACGAAGUUCGAGGAGAAGGGACUGUGGUACCAGCACAGGCUGAUCGACGACAUGGUGGCCUUCGCGCUGAAGACGGAGGGCGGCUUCGUGUGGGCGUGCAAAAACUACGACGGAGACGUGCAGUCGGACAUUGUGGCACAGGCAUACGGGUCUUUGGGGCUAAUGUCCUCAGUGCUGUUCUCUUCCGACGGAAAGUGCUUUCUCUCCGAGGCCGCACACGGCACGGUGACGCGCCACUACCGCAUGUAUCAGAAGGGUCUCGUCACGAGCACUAACCCAGUGGCCAUCAUCGUUGCCUGGGCCAAGGCGCUGGAGAGGAGAGGCGUGUUGGAUGGCAACGACGCGUUGGUGGAGUUCGCGAGGAAGCUGGAGAAGUCGACGGUGGACGCGAUCGACGCGGGCUUCGUGACCAAGGACCUCGCGCUUGCCAAAAACCCCAAGGCGACCGAGGGUGACUUUUUGAGCACCGACGCAUACAUCGACAAGGUCGUGGAGUUUUUAAACAAGUAG